AUGGUAGCAGAAGGCCUCUGCCAAUGCUACAUCCGCCGAAUGUCGACCGGCGGUCCGCACGGAGCAGCUCCAGACCGCUCCUGUUUGGCACGUGAUACCGAGGGGAGAUCACCGUGCAAAAACUGCCAGGGUUGCACACAGGGUGCUGCAGACCCAAUUCCGAUAAGGAUCCUGAUGGCUGAUUCAGACGUGGAGCAGGCGCCCUCGGUGUCGGUGCUCCCGCGCAAUAAGAUACUGAUCCUGGCCCCUGCCGGUAAAGCCUACCAAGCGGAGGUUAUUCGGGAUCUUUUUAAUAUAGAAGCUUCCGAGAGCGAUCGCAUUGUAAGGGAUGUGAAAUGGAGCAACAAGUACUACGAGGUCGACUUGGACCUCUACAUUGACAGCUACGAAAGCUUGCAGACGUGGGGCGCAGAAUUCUGCAGCGACGAGUGUGCUGACUUGCGCGAUGUUGUGGCCGGCAUCUUCCUGGUCUUCGAGGAAACCGAAGACGCGGAGACCUUCCAGCAACUCAUCGAGGACUGCCACUUCACAGAUGAGCGGGUGCUCGUGGCGUGCGAUUUGAGCUCUGCGGAACACCCCGCCUCGCUAGAGCGUGCCCUCGAAGUGCACGACGUGGCGCUUGUCAGAUGGCGCGAGCGCGGCACAAACGAGCUGGGGGAACAGCAGGGGCGCGAACGUGUGCGCGAGCUGCUGGAUAUCCAUCCCUGGAGCGAGCGUAUGCUGCGUAUGCACGCGUCGACCGCUGCAGCCCUCGCAGAGCUGGAUCCCUUGCAGGCAGAUAUACCGCUCGACAGUGUGGUAACCAGGAUUAAGCAAGCUAGAGAACGCUAUUUAGAGAUAACAGAUGUUCAUGCCGCUGACGAAUACGCCGCACGCAUAGCACACGAGCUCACGGAGCAGCUCCUGCCCGAGUGA